CCUGGUUCUGUUCGUCCCAUUUCUCCUCGCCCCCUUCUGUCUUUCGUUUGUCCAUCUAGCUGUGGCCUUGGCUCACAGGCCCGCCACGGUCAUGUUUCAGCGCCUUCGCGAGGCGAUCGACUCUCGAAUCGCAGAAGAACAGGCUCGUCAAAAAUCCGCCCAGGAUUCUUUGUCCCGAUCCAACUCCGCUCGCCAGCCCUCCAGCCGCAACCUGUCCCCUAGCCGACGACCGAACCGUCCGCGACGAAACACCGGCACCCCCGUUCGUGGCCCCGAUCCGACGGAGUUCGAACCCGAGUUCGCCAUCGGAGAUGACGAAGGGUCCAGCAGAUCGGCCACUCCUCAGCAGGAUCCCCCGAGCAGUUCCAAGGGAACGCCGGAGCAAAAUGCCGGGGAGGAAAAGUCCACUGCGGAGGAGUCGCUAAAUGAAAAGGAUGCGGCACCCGCUUCGGAGACAAAGCAGUCGCCUUCCGAGCUACCUGCGGAGGUUAAGGUGAAAUUGCGGAAGUUGAGCAAGAUGGAAACUCGGUAUCAAGAGCUCCUGAAGGCAUACCGGAUGGCCCAUACGCGCGUUCUCUCCAUCGAACCAUUCGAGGCCGCUCUCCGUGAAAAUACCCCUCUUACGUCGAUCGGCGAUCCCAAGGCCUUGACGGAAUAUUUGAAUCAGAUCUCGUUGAAGGGGGACAUGGUGGUGGAAGAGCUGAAGCGCAUCUCAGCCGAGCGGGAUGACUACAAGAAGAAAUUCGAGGAAGCUCAGAAGGCCACGAAAGCUGCCUGGGAUGAGGUUGCGAAUCUGAAGAAAGAUGGAAACAAGAGCGAGGAAGGCUCUUCGUCCAAGGAGGGCGAUGGCUUGAGUGUUGAUACCGCCGCCGCAAAUUCGCCCUCUCCCGAUAUAACCGUGCAGUCUCCGACUCCGACAUCCGCGUCUCGUUUCGCUCAGAUAUUCUCGCCGAAGCAGAACCCCGCGAAGCAGGCUGAGAAGUCGGAGCCUCAGCAAGAAAGCGAGGAGUUCUUUUCGUUUGACGGCGAGAUCCCGCGAUUGGAAUCGGAGUUGAAAGAAAAACAAGAAGAGAUCGAAACCCUCAAGACUCAGACCGAGAACCUGAAGCGCGACCUCUCGGUGGCACGUGAGUCGACCGAGGGUAUGGUUCAGAACCUGGAGACUGCAACUCGGGAGCUCAAUGAAUUGCGCGAUACCAAGGACACGCAGGAAUCGGAGAUCGAAAAGCUGAAGACUUCCAAGCAAGAAGGGAUCGACGAGCUCAAAUCUAGGCUUGUGGCCUCUGAAGAAUCCUUGACGAAGGCUACUGCCGAAGUCGAGAAACUGAAAGAUGAUUUGAAGCAGAAGACGAGCGAAAUCGAACAGCUUCAGGCUCAAGUUUCAGCGUCUGAGAAAGACAAGGAGCAACCGGAGCUUCAGUCGAAACUCGAUGAAGUGAAGCAGGAGAAGGAAGCUAAUGAGAAGAAGCUAGGAGUCUUGCAGAAUUUGGUGGAUAGUCUUCGCUCCCAGCUCAAGACCACGGAAGAAACGGUGUCUACCGUCAAGGCCGAGAUGGAAAAGGAAACUAAGGACGCCAGGCUAAAGGGCAUCACCGAUUUCUUUGACGGCAGUAUGCAAGACAACCCACAAUGGCAGCAGGCCAAGAAACAGAUCUUGAGUGGAGAAAAGACCAAAUUCAAUGAGCUCCGCGAGAGCCUGAUCCCUCCUCCGAAGGAAGAGCCAGGUAAAACCCAGGCCUCGGAGCCGAGUCCUCCAGCUGCCAAUGCCACUGCCAAUUCUACGGCAGGCACUGGUGGAGGCAAAAAGAAGAACAAGAAGAAGAAGAAGGGUGGCAAAGGUGGCGAAGAUGCGAGCAAAGCAGAGCCCGCUGCUGCGGUCGAAGAUAAGCAGCCACCAGCUGAAGAACCUGAUCAGAAUGCUGCGAAACUGGAUGAACUACAGGGCAAGAUUGAAUCGCUGACAAGCCAGCUUGAGGAGAAGGAGGCCGCCAUUGACCGACUCAGCGUAAAACUCAAGGGUGAAGAAGAUUUGAAGGAGGAAAUUGAAUCUCUCCGUGACGAUGUGGUCAAUCUCGGCCAGGAACAUGUCGAAGCAAAGGACAGGAUCAAGGUUCUUUCCGCGGAGAAGAAUGCCCUGGAAGAGACCAUCACCAAACUUGAAAAGGAGCUUACUGAUCUGCGCACAAGCAAUGCAUCCCAGAGCGCAGACUCCGAAAAGGCGCACAGUAGCCUGAAGGAGGAAUACGAAAGCCUCAAGGUUAAAUUUACGACGAUCGAAACCGAGCUCUCAGCUGCGCAGCAGCUGGCCACCACUCGGUUCAAGGACCUUACCGAUUUGCGGGAAACCGUGCAAAAGUUGCAACCCGAAUUGAAGAACUUGCGGGCUGAAUCCGCAGAACUCAAGACUACAAAAGAAAGCUUGACGAGCAAGACAACAGAACUGCGAACCAUAGAGCAGAAGCAGGAGGAUCUGAGGGCGGAAUUGAAGACCCUCAAGUCCACCGUGUCAGAGCGUGACACAGAAGUCAAGACGCUCAAUCAAAAGAUCCGGCAAGAGACGGACAGCCGCUUGAAGGCCGAGGAGCGGAUGACUCUUGCGCAAUCUGACCUGCGUUACUCGGAGAGCAAAAAGCAAGAGGCCGUGGAAACAAAGGAACGAGUUGCUUCUGACCUGUCAAGAGCUCAGGACGAGCUGAAAUCAGCCAAGAACCAAAUCAAGGAAGUGGAAAACCAGGCCAACAAACUGAACCAGGAAUUGGAAAGUCUGCGGGAAGAAAUUCACCUCAAGACUGCUCAACAUGCCAGUGCACAAAGCUUGAUGAACAGCAUGCGCGAUCAAAGUGCCGAAAUCGGAAUGCAGAUGAAGGAAGCGAAGGAACGUUGCGAGAGCUUGGAGGAGGAAUUGGCGGAUGCUCACCGUCUACUGAACGAACGGACUCGGGAGGGAGAGACAAUGCGCCGCCUCCUGAAUGACAUUGAAGGUCGUACCGAAUCCAAGGUCCGCGAUUUCAAGGAGCGAAUGGAAGCCGCCAUCGAGGAGCGAGACCGGGCCGAAGAUGAGGCGAGUGCUCAGAGCCGUCGCCGAGCUCGCGAGCUGGAGGAACUGAAAGGCAAGGUUCGCGAAGCGGAGAAGGCUCUCCGGAGUGCUGAAGAAGACAAGGAAGAGCUAGAGAGAUCCCAGAAGGAUUGGAAGCGCAGACGUGACCAACUCGAGUCGCAGUCCGAGACAUCUGGCAAGGAACUCAAUGACGUCCGACAGGCAAUGGCGCAGCUCCGCGACACUCUGGAUGAAAGCGAAAAGCAAGUCCGUGAGUUGGAGAAAGAGAGGGCGGAGUAUCGCAGAUCUGUCGAGGAGGCCAACACCCGCUUGGAAAAGAUGCGCAAAUCCAACCGGAUUCUCUCGGACGAAGCCCGCAUGGGACAAAACCCCCAGUCUUCGCGAUCUUCCAUUGAUUCCGGUUCUCGAAAAGCGCUCGCCUCUCCCGUCUCCAAGGAUCGAAGCCCAUCGACCCGGAGAAGCGAAACGCCUGGUGGCGCAAACGUCGACUACAUCUAUCUCAAAAACGUGCUCCUUCAGUUCUUGGAGCAGAAGGAUAAGAAUUACCAGAAGCAGCUCAUCCCUGUAUUGGGGAUGCUGCUACAUUUUGAUCGAACGGAUGAGCAAAAAUGGAUGUCCGCCAUCAUGUCGAAAUAGGAUUAAUGUGGUUCACGUCGCCACGCCAUCAACUUAGGGUAUAUUUGUAAUAUUAGUUGGGUACAUAAUAUCUGCCUAUUGGUGUUGUCUUG